AUGGCGACAGUGGCUCAAACUUCCUCCCAGACACCUCAGCCUCUGGCCACAAUACAGCUUACACCCCUCGAGAACACGUUAAAAGAACUCCUCCUCGAUGUCGCCAAGUACAUACGAGAACGAGCAAUCGCUGCCGGCGCGAGCGAGGCGGAUACCCCACACAUGGUGCUUCGAUUCACAGGAGGAUGGGUGAGGGAUAAGCUGCUUGGAGUCGACAGUCAUGAUAUUGAUGUAGGAAUUAGCUCCAUGACUGGUUACCAGUUUGGCAUGGCCCUCAAAGAUUACCUUGACAUUCCUGAAAACUUGCAAAAGUACAAGCGCAACCACCCUAAUGGAGAGAUGAAGGAGGCUAUCGUCAGCCUGCACAAAAUUGAAGCAAAUCCGGAAAAGUCCAAACACCUGGAAACCGUAACAACCAAGAUCUUCGGCUUGGAUAUCGAUCUGGUUAAUCUUCGAAAGGAGACGUAUACGGAUGAUACCCGGAACCCGCAGAUGGAGUUUGGCACCGCCGAAGAAGAUGCUUUACGUCGCGAUGCAACGAUUAAUGCUCUUUUCUACAAUUUAAACGAAUCCAAGGUGGAAGAUUUGACUGGACGGGGGUUUUCAGACAUGAGGAACAAGAUUAUCCGAACUCCAUUAGAGCCAUACCAGACCUUCAAAGACGACCCUUUACGUGUGCUACGACUGAUACGGUUCGCCAGCCGCCUGGGCUAUCAAAUCGAUCCAAACACAGAGAGGGCGAUGCAGAACAGUGAUAUCAGUGCGGCACUAAAAGUGAAGAUCAGUAGAGAACGCGUGGGGACAGAGUUGGAGAAGAUGCUCAAAGGACCCGAUCCUCGAGGCGCGUUGCGAUUCAUUGAUCGACUUGGACUCUACCAUACUAUCUUCGCCAAUCACCAAGACGAUGUCACCGCUGAUACAUCCUCGUGGUCGCUAGCCUACAACGCUCUGGUAUCCCUGCUGCAUCCUGAGGGGCCAUCGAGGGCCGCACUCGAGAAGGUGCGCGACUUCCUCAUGCGUAAUUCACUCGAGUCGUAUUAUGCCUGGAUGAUUGCUGCAUUAGCACCUUGGUCUAGCGUGCCACCGCGCAUAGCACAAGGACCGAAAGCGAAACCCUUCCCCCCUCGAGCGGCAGAGGUGGCAAGAGACAGUCUGCGUUCCGAUAAUAAGAUGAUCAGCGUUCUCGGUGAUGCUGCUGCCAGUUGGAGGUCCAUUAUUGAUGUCAAGUCUUCGCUCCUGGAGGGCCGCAUGAACGGAACAGCUCCCGAAGUACGGCAACAAAUCGGCUUGUACAUCAAGAGCUGGAAGAAGGAUUGGCGACUCUGCAUACUAUUGGCUAUUCUGCAGGAGAUCAUGAGAGGACAAGAGUUCCUGCCAGGUGAGAAACAGACGCAAAUGACCCCUGAUACUUUGGUUGAAUUUGAGGCACUGACUUGUGCUCGGCUGGCAGUGAUCCAAGAAUAUGACAGAUUUAUAUCGUACAUUAUUCAGAACGAUUUGCAAGGCGUGUGUGAAAUGAAGCCUAUCGUGAAUGGGGGGGAAAUUAUGAAGGCUCUAGAGGCAAAGAAUGGGCCUUGGAUGAGCAAAGCAUUGGAUAUGGUGUUUAAGUGGCAGCUUCUACACCCCGAAAUUACGGAGAAGGAAAAGGCCCUGAAAUAUUUGAUAGAUAGAAAGGAUGAGUUAGGUCUGUAG